AUGGGGCGCGAUGGCCGAGGAGCCGGCUCCCCUCGCUCCUCCGGCCACACCUGCCACCUCCCCACGGCUCCUCCGGCCGUGCUGCCGCCAGCGCCGGCCCGGCAAACCCAUUGCUCUGACCCAGCUCCCCCACAGCUCAGCCAGCGCCCAGGUCCCGACAGCCCCAUCUUCCUGCCCAGCGACUCCGAGUGGCUCUGGACUCUGGCCAAGACCUGGGUGCGCAGCUCCGAGUUCCACCUGCACGAGGUCACCUCCCACCUGCUCCGCGCCCACCUGCUGGCCGAGGUCUUCGCCGUGGCCACCCAGCGCCAGCUGCCCAUGUGCCACCCGCUGUACAAGCUCCUGAUCCCUCACAUCCGGUUCUCCAUCCACAUCGAUGUCCUGGCCCGGACCUUUCUCAUCAGCCCCGGGGGCGUAUUCGAUCGGGCCAUAGCGACCGGGCGUAGAGGCCUCGCCGAGCUUCUCCGCAAGGCCCUGGAGGACCUGACCUACGCCACGCUCUGCCUUCCCGAUGACAUCCAGGAACGCGGCGUCGCCUCGCUUCAAAACUACUACUACAGGGACGAUGGACUGAAGAUCUGGGCAGCUAUCGAGAGCUUUGUCUCCGGCAUCGUGGGAAUCUACUACCGGACCAGCCUCUCGGUGCAGAGUGACCACGAGCUGCAGGCGUGGGUGGGCGAGAUCUUCGCCAAGGGAUUCCUGGGCCGACAGGCGUCGGGCGUCCCCUCGGCUCUGGGCACCGCGGCCGAGCUAACCAAGUACCUGACCAUGGUGAUCUUCACGUGCUCUGCCUAUCACGCCGCCGUCAACGCCGGGCAGUUCGAGCUGGCCGCCUUCAUGCCCAAUUACCCGUCGUCCAUGCGGAAGCCGCCGCCCCGGAACAAGGCCACGGUGGCCCUGAAGGAGUUCCUGGACACCAUCCCCGAGAUGAACACCACCAGCCUGAUCCUCUCCGUCCUCUGGGUGCUGCGGAAUGAGGAUCGGGACUUGAGACCCCUGGGGACGUACCCUGAGGAGCACUUUACCGAGCAUGGGCCACAGCUGCUCAUGGCUGCCUUCCAGGAUCGCCUAGCAGAGAUCUCCCAGGAGAUCGAGGAGAGGAACCGGUCGCUGAGUCUGAUCUACAACUAUAUGUAUCCUCCUAACAUAGAGAACAGCACCGCGAUAUAACACCCAGAGGUGCCACCCCUCCGACUGCCCCGCGAUGGAGAACCCCUCACCCACACACCCACCACUGAAUACCCCCGCGGUAACAGGCAACAGCAUCUCCACGGCACACCGCCAAAUGCUCGCCGGCGUCCUGAGAACAUGCAUCCAGCCUGAUGGAGCAAUGGUGAAUCACACCCCCUGGGGGUCUGGCCCCAUUGACUCCAAUGGAGAGACGCCCAUUGACACCAGCUGGGAUCUGGCCCCAUUGACUCCAAUGGAGAGACGCCCAUUGACACCAACUGGGGUCUGACCCCAUUGACUCCA